AUGAAUUUUGAAUUUGAGAGGGAGAUCGGGUUUAUAAAUAGCCAGCCUUCGCUCGCAGAGUGCCUGACGUCUCUUCCCGCUGUCCUGGAGACAUUUCAAACUUCAUCAAUCAAGGACUCGACAUUAAUUCCUCCUCCUUUUGAGCAAACCGUCCUCAGCCUGAAUCCUUGUUCCAGCAGCCAGGCAAGACCGAGGAGCCAAAAAAGAGCAUCCCAUGGCCUGCUCCAGCUCCGUCCCCAGCCCGCGGCACAGCCCGGCCCCGCGGCAGCGGAAUUCCCCUGGAUGAAGGAGAAGAAAUCGUCCAAGAAAGCUACCCAGGCUCCAUCCUCAUCUGCCUCCUCUUCCCCCCCAUCAUCUUCCUUGGUGCCGGUUCCUGCCGCAGGAUCUCCUGCAGACACCCAGGGGCUGGCGGACACCGGCGGCUCCAGGAGGCUCCGGACCGCGUACACCAACACGCAGCUGCUGGAGCUGGAGAAGGAAUUUCACUUCAACAAAUACCUCUGCAGGCCUCGGCGGGGGGGGAUCGCGGGGCUUUCCCCCAGCCUCCAGGGCUCCCUGGAGAGCCCCGUCCACUUCUCCGAGGAAGACCUGGACUUUUUUACCAGCGCACUUUGUACCAUAGAUCUGCAGCAUUUACAUUUCCCAUAG